AUGAAAUCUCUUCCAUUAGAAUUGUACCGUGAAAUUGCUGGUCAUCUUGAUGAUGAAAGCAUCUCUGCUCUUGUUUUAGCGUUUAGACGGCAUCAGAUUUCUGACGGCCGCUUGUUAAAGCGCCGCCGUCUUCAAUCACCAUGGCAUCACGACGCUGCCGUUGUAUUUGAAAAUCUUUUAUUAGACGGAAUGCUUCACAUAGAUGCAGAAACUCUAACCAAGUCUGAACUAUUCAUGGCUGAUGACAAACUCUCUGUUUCUAUCAAUGUAUGCGAUACACCCUUACUACUGAUUGUGAGUAAACUGUUGAUUGGCAAAGUUUUCGUAUUUUGUACACCUCCAUUCAAGACCAAAUGGUGUUGCGGGGUUCCAGAAUCGAUCACACGGUUGGCGUUGUCCAAUAUUCGCCUAGGUCGAGAAUUCGCUAUGCCUCCGUGCCUUUUGGAUUUAGAGGUGUUCAACUGUGAAUUACGCUGUCGCUUACCUAACAACAUUACUAAAAUUGUCGCCUCUUCUAGUGUGCUAACCCUGCUUCCAGCUUCAUUAGAAGUUUUAGUGGCGGAAGCAAGCCCCCUCACGUUUGACUCAUGUCCAACUGGUCUCAUUCAUCUUCAAUUGCAAUCGGUUGUUUGCGACCAACUGAUCAUACAUGAAAUUAUCACCAAGAAUAUCCAUCAUUUACGUUGUCUUGAAAUUGACAGCUGGUCGAUUUCGCAACGCUCGCCAAGCCAUGAUGAUCUCUUACGUAUAUUGCCACCAUACAACCAUGGACUACAAAGCUUGCGUAUUAACUUGACAGUACUCGUUGAUCCAAACUCGCUUGAUUCCGGUGAUCUAGAUCUAUCGACGAUUAGAGACCCUUUGAUGGCGGUUGCAUUGAAAGCACUAACCAAACUCACUAUCUUUGUUGAUGUCAAUGAUGUGAAUAUUACAGGCGUGUUUCCUAAUUUGCUUUUCUUGAAAUUGACUCCCACAUCUUCAAGUAUCACAUACUCUGUGAAGUUGAGGCACACCAAAUUGCGUUGUUGCGUGAUUGAGGAGGCUUCCUGUGUCAGUGUGGCUUGCAAUCAACUUUGUCGAGUUGAGGCAUGGGGGUGCAAAAAACUAAUGAAUGCUUUGUGGCUCGCUCAUCAAUCUAUUAUGCUCAGUUGUGUGGGGAAAACCCGUGGUCGAUUGAGAGUUGGAUACGUUCACUCUAUAUCCGACGUGAACUUCAAAACAAGUGAGUUCGCAUAUAAUGGCUAUUUGCAUUCGGAUUCUGGCCAAACAAAUUACUAUGGCAGUGUCACAAAUUGUUCUAUCGAUGCUCGUAAAAUUAGACUAGUCUGUGGCACUAUUAUCGGGUUGAAAGUUAUUAAUUGUGAAAAUCUUGAGCUCGAAAUGUUUUCAGGGCGUGACAAGAGCAUGCAAGAGAUGCACGAUUUGUUUCCUUCUACAUUAAAGAAGCUCUCAUACACGGAACACAACCCUUGGAAUCACGCCCUGCUAUAUCAUCUUGCGCAUCUCAACCAACUCAAGGAGUUGACCUUACGGCAAGUGAAGUGUCCGCCUGGAAUGAUCAUACCACUCACGGUAGACAAACUACAAUUAGAAUUGGUUUCUACGACUAUUCUUCGGUUGAGUCCAAAUCGCAUAAAGCAUAUCAAUUUGUUGAAUUGCAACAUCCAGUGGGUGCUGUACAAGCAUUUGCAUCUGUCUCAACUCAAAUGGCUCAUUUCAAAACUGGGGAAAGUUAACAUUGAUCGACAGUAUUUUCCAUGCUCGUGCACUGUGGUUGUAGACGAGCGAAUUAUCUAA